UAAGUCAGAAUCAGCCACGCUGCCGGAAGCUUCCCUGUAAUGGGCCGCAACAAGAAGAAGAAAAGAGAUGGAGAUGACCGGCGGCCCCGGCUCAUCCUCAACUUUGAUGAAGAGAAGCGGCGGGAGUACCUGACAGGCUUCCACAAGCGGAAGGUAGAGCGCAAGAAGGCAGCCAUUGAAGAGAUAAAGCAGCGGCUUAAGCAAGAGCAGAAGAAGCUUCGAGAAGAGCGCCACCAGGAGUACCUGAAGAUGCUGGCAGAAAGAGAGGAGGCACUGGAGGAGGCAGAUGAGCUGGAGCGGCUGGUGACAGCAAAGACAGAGUCGGUGCAGUAUGACCACCCCAAUCACACAGUCACCGUGACCACCAUCAGUGACCUGGACCUCUCAGGGGCCCGGCUGCUCGGUCUGCCCCUGCCUGAGCAAGGGGACCAGGAUGAGUCCCAGGAGGAGGAGAUGUCAUCCAUGGAAAAGCCAACAAAAGCCUUGCCCAAGAAGUCCAAAGAUCCCCUGCUCUCUCAGCGCAUCUCCUCCCUCACAGCUACACUGCAUGCACACAGUCGGAAGAAGGUCAAGAGGAAACACCCUCGGCGGACACAGGACUCCACCAAGAAACCUCCCAGUGCCACUCGUACCAGCAAGACCCAGCGCCGCCGCCGGAUGACUGGAAAAGCCAGGCACAACGGGGAGUGAGCCCUCAAGCUUGUGGGUCCCCAGCCUGAGUCCUCGGCUGUCCCUAUAAUCCAGCUAUACCAACGGUUACCUCCAGCCUAAGCCUGCAAGUCAGGACUUUUCCAGCCUGGGGUCAUCCUUGCUUUGAUUCACCUGGGGUUUGAGCCCAGAAGGAAUGGACUCCUGGGAGCCCAGGUUCCCGGAGCCUGCAGAACAGUGUUGGGCUUGUUCACAAAUGUACAUCCACCUGGGACUGACCAGGUCUUUGAAACUCC